UCUAUAUUUUAUCUCUUAAUUAAUCCUUCUUUAAAUUAAAUCAUCGCAAGUCUAUACAAGCCUAGCAUUAGAUUAAUUGAAUCUCCUUGUUUCACCAUCUAUUAAUUACUCCAUUCGUCCCUUAUUUAUAUGCCUAUUUCUAAUAUUUAGUACUCACAUAAUAAAGAGAUGUAGGCAUAUAAAUAAAUAAGGGACGGAGAAAGUAAUUUUUUUUGUACAUUAUUAUUCCUUAAAUAGUACCUUAAUAUAAAAUUACUAGUAUGUUCACUUAUAAUGGUCAUAUAAAUUGAGUUAAAAUUACUUUGUUUUGUACUCAAAAGAUUCUUAUUUCCUUUAUUAAGUAAAUUAUAUUACCUGAAAAAAUGUUAGCAAUGUCUUCUUUAUGUCCUACUAAUUUAGGUUGGGAUUAUCCCUUAGAAUUAGAGACAAAACAACCUUUUGAUAACUUCGAUUUGGAUUCGAUAUUUCUUGCUAAUGUAUCAUCAUCACAAACUCCAGAUUACGAAGAUAAUCAAAUGUCUAGUGAUCAAGCUAAGCGAAGUGAAUCACCACAAGGUACAAGUUCAACAGAUCAAUUUAAUAAUAAUCCCUCGAUAUCGAAGAAGCUUAAUCAUAAUGCAAGUGAAAGAGAUCGAAGAAAGAAGAUCAAUAAUAUGUAUUCCUCUUUACGUUCUUUGCUUCCUACAAAUGACCAAAGGAAAAAAUUAAGCAUUCCAGCAACAGUUGAACGGGUGCUUGAGUAUAUACCUCAACUACAAACAGAAGUGGAGGAUCUAAUUCAUAAAAAGGAAAAUCUUCUAUCAAAAACUUCAAUAUUACAAGGAAAUGCUAGGAAAACCCUUCAAGAGGAAAACCCAAACAAAUGCAUUAUUAAAAACACGACGUCGUCGUGUUCGAUUUCUUCAAAUAAAUUGGGUGAUAAAGAAUUGGUGAUUCAAAUAUCAGUAUUUGAGAGAAUAUCAAUCUCUGAAGUGCUUUUGGUGCUUGAGGAAAAUGGUUAUCUUGUUCUUGAUGUUUCUUCUUUUCAAUCCUUUGGAGGAACGACUUUUUACAAUAUACAUUUGUGGAUACAAGGAAACUGCAACAUUAACUUCGAAAAGUUGAAUGAAGCACUGAUGUUCCAGCUUCAAAAGCAACAAAUGAUGCAGAUGCAUGUAUAUUCCUAGCAAAAUUGAAGAACUGCCCUAAUUUUAGUUUUGUUUAAAUAUCGAUCUAACCUUUUGUGAUUGAAGGAUUUUUGAUGAAUCUAAUUCUUAUCACAUUAACAUUGGAAUUUUGGAAGUUCAUUGACUAAAACCUUUACGAUCUAAAAGUUACUCAAGCAAGAAUAACACAUCAUAUGUGAUGUAUUUUUAAUGAGAAAUUACAAAACUCUUUUGAAGAAAUUUAUUUAAUGUACAUGACCUUAAGCAGCCCAAAAGGUCACAAAUAAUUUUAC